GCGUUACAUUCCCAAACGGAACCAAAAACACGUACAUGGUGUCACAGCGGAACAGUUACAGUGUAACAUCAGUAUGUACAUGUGAAUCUUUGGCAUGAUCGGGUUGGUUGAGUGACAUCUGGCCAUGAAGCGAUUGUACAUCGGCGGUCUCGGCCACACAGUGUCUGAGAAGGACCUCAAAGACAGAUUCGGAAAAUUUGGGGAUGUGUCAGAUGUGGAAAUUAUCACCAGGAAAGAUGAGCACGGAUCUCCUCUAAAGACAUUUGGCUACAUCAACAUAAACAUCACAGAUGCUGAAUACAAAAGAUGUAUAGGCAUCUUGAAUAAAUCCACAUGGAAAGGUGGAACCUUGCUCAUUCAGUUGGCAAAGGAAAGUUUUCUACAUAGACUUGCUGAAGAACGACAGCAACUGGCUGAAAAGAUCGUCACCCCAAAGAUCGACCCUCAGGAGAAAUUAGUGGACUCACUUAAAGCAGCAGGUGUUGAAAAUUUUCACAUGAAAGCUGCAGUUCCAGGAACAGAAAUUCCUGGACAUAAGGAUUGGGUUGUGAGUAAAUUUGGCAGGGUCCUUCCUGUCCUGAAUCUAAAAUGUAAAGGAAAGAACAAAGUCUUCAAGUAUGAUCCAUCCAAACACUGCCACAACAUCAAGAGACUGGAGACUGCAGACAACAUCAUGUCAGUAUCUAAGCUGACAUGGGAGAUGGAAGGUGGAGAUGAUGAAAUCAGUAAGAAAAGGAGAGGAGAGUUUCCACAGCAGAAGCCACGUCCCAAAAGAUCUAAAGUAGAAUUGAGUUCAUUUCUUAGCAAUUUGGCUCAGAGCAAUAGUAUUGAUGCAGCUGACAUUGGAAACAAGAACAAAAUGGUGUUCCAACAAAACGGACUCCCCACUACAAAGACAGGAAAACAAAGACCUGUUGUUAAAAAAUCAGUUUGUGUUUUGAACAAUGAUGCUGACUCUGAAGAUGAAAUCAGGAUGUUGGUUGCUCAAGAACUUUCGCCGAACACAAAACAAACCUCUGUAGAGGACGAGGACGACAACCUGGAGGUGGUUGGAGAUGAUUUUGUUGUUAAAUCUAAUGCUUUCUGGGGUGGAGCGGAACAAGAUGGGGUAAAAUCGCUACUAACUUCUUCAAAAGAUGAUGAGGAUUAUGAUUCUGCAGACACGGAUGAAAUACUCACCCAGAGAAAGACCCAAAAAACACAAGUUAGCCAAGAUUCACCGACAACAUCCAGUAAAAAUGAGUCCUCGUCUGAAUCUGACAGUGGUAGCGAUGAUUCUGAUUAUGAAGCCAUGAUGGGGAACUGUACCCGCUUAGAUCUCUCCCUGGCAGACUUAGAGCAGCUAGCUAAAAACACAGAGGUGAUUUCAGAUGAUGAAACUGUAGAAGAACCUAAAAAAGAACUCAAGACCCCAAGAGCACCAUGCAAAAGAAGAGGUAACAACCCUGAAGAUAUUCUAGCUUCGCUUCUUGGAGACGACACCCCUGACAAAAAAAGUAAGAAUCAGGUGACCAGAGUAUCCCUUCCAGCUUUCAUUGGAACGAAGGAUCUCUUUGAAGGAGUCACCCAGAGUAUUGACAGUGAAUCUCCUAAAAGACUCAAACAAGACCUGAAUGUGAAAGAACGAAGCAUCUCAGAACAUACAAGUCAGCCGCAGUCUUCAAACCAUCCAUCUGAACAGAAACUCUCCAGUUUAAAGGAACAAUCAACCUCAAAGAAACUUGAGAACCAAUCAUCAGAAAAUGAUUCUUCUAGUGAUGAGUCAGAAAGCAGCGAAGAAGGUGAAAGUGCUCAAGUCGUCACAAAAUCUUCAGCAACACAACCGGACCUAAACCCUAAAACCACACCGAAGACUGUUAGCUCUAACAUUGCAAACACCCCAAUCAAACCUGAGCAGAUGAAGAUCUCCAGAUCAUCCAGUAGUGACUCAGAAAGCGGUGAGGAGGAAGAUAAUGAAGAUAGUGUUGAAGUCUCUGCUUUUAAACCAUCAUCAGCAACACAAUGGAUAAGAACCAACGCUGAAACCGAACUGAAGACUGUUGGCUCUAACUUAAACACCCCAAUCAAACCCAAGCAGACGAAGAUCUCCAGAUCAUCCAGUAGUGAUUCAGAAAGCAGCGAGGAAGAAGAUAGUGAAUAUAGUGCCGAAGUCUCCACUUCUAAAACAUCCUCAGCGACACAAUCGAUAAGAACCAACGCUAAAACCGAACUGAAGACUGUUGGCUCUAACUCAAACAACCCAAUCAAACCCAAGCAGACGAAGAUCUCCAGAUCCUCCAGUAGUGAUUCAGAAAGCAGCGAGGAAGAAAAUAAUGCCGAAGGCUCCAUUUCUAAAACAUCCUCAGCGUCACAAUCGAUAAGAACCAACGCUAAAACCGAACUGAAGACUGUUGGCUCGAACUCAAACAACCCAAUCAAACCCAAGCAGACGGAGAUCUCCAGAUCCUCCAGUAGUGACUCUUCUAGUGAGGAAUCGGAGACUAGUGAUGAUGAAGAGAAGUCCAGACCUCAGCCAAAAGAUUCCAAACCUGCUGAUUCAAAGAAAGUUCAGGAAAAAGUUGACUCGCAUACUACAGUUCGUCACUCAACUGUCAUAGAUGCUCAGAAACAACAGAAGGACAACGAGAAACGUCUUGCGGCGCUGGAGCAACGACAGAAAGAGACCGAACAGCAGAAGAAACUCAUUCAGGGGGCUCUUUCUAGUGUGGACACGGUGAAAGCGAACAAAGGCAAACACAUUGUGUUUGAUUCUGAUGAUGAUGAAGAAGAAGAGGACAAAACCACAAACAAACCAGAAGAGCAACAAAGAUGCAAGAAAAAAAGUCUUUUUGAGGACGAUUCAGAAUCCGAUGAUCAACAAACGUCCACAUCAAAAGAAAAGGAGAACAAAAAGUCAGAUGGCAACAAGCUGUUUGACAGUGAAGAUGAGGAUGAUGGCGCUGAGGAUGAUCGUUUCCAGAUAAAACCCCAGUUUGAGGGCAAAGCUGGACAGAAGCUUAUGCAGCUGCAGGCUAGAUUUGGAACUGAUUCGAGAUUCCAGAUCGAUUCGAGAUUUCUGGAAAGUGAUGAUGAGACUGAAGAUCAAGAUGCAGAUGCUCCAGAAAAAGAUGAAGAACAACUUCUUGAAGAGAAAAAGAAAAGUCUAGACAUCCUCCAGAGCAUUUUAAAAACCAGCAUACAACCGCAGAACACCAAAAAGAGCAAGAUAUUCAAAGAUGUUUCGGGCCUGCAUUACGACCCAACACAAGAGGAACAUGCCACUUUUGAGUCCAAGACAGAGCCGCCGAAGAAAGAAAGCAAGGCGGAGAGACGAAAGAAACGUGAAGAGGCUGAAAAACUCCCCGAAGUCUCUAAGGACAUUUACUUUGAGGUGUCGGCAGAUUUGAAGGAGGUCUUCGGAACAUCCAAAGAAAACCAGGAUGAGGAGGAGCCGAAGGUUUCAUGGGACAAAGAGGCAGAAGAGCCUGAAGAUAUAAUGACACCCAUGGAAGUUUCCUUCACUUCUAAUGUAGAAGCCCAUGAAGACACAUCGGGCGGAUUCAAGUUCUCCUUCUUUGGCGAGGUUGCUUCUGCGGAGACGACCACCAAGACAGACAACUACAAAAUAGAGACGUUAAAAGGUGCCAAGUUCUCUUGGCAAAUGGACCCUCGCUUCCAGGACAGCAGUUCAGACGAGGAAGGCGUGGACGAGGUUGAGGAGGACCAAUCUGCUUCCAGCAAAAUCACAGACAAACCAACACCAUCAAAAAAGAGUUUUUUCUUCUUCUAUCAAGAUGACAAACGGUUAAAAGAGGGGCCGGGAAUGUUCUGUAGAAGCGGAAAACUAGGAGACCAGAGGGAAGCCUGGGAAGAAAAGAGGACGUCACUCAGAGAUGAGUGUCGCAAGAAACACAGAGAUGCCAAAAGACACCAGAGGCCAUCGCUAAAGAAGUCCUGAACAAUUUAAAGUAAACAAAGACAUUUCUUACAGAAAAAAUAACAUUGUUGCACCCAUUCAUAUUCUGUUUAAUAACUGUAAUUUAUUCUUCAAAACAAUGGUAUCCAAUGCAUAGUCCCUUUGUAUGAUUUAAACAUGUUUUUGAGUGAAUAAAUGUUGCUUUGUACCACUA